AUGAUCCCAAGACUUCCUCCUCCUCCUCCUCUUCCUCCUCUUUCUUCACCACCAUCUCCAUCAGAGGCACCCCUCUCCCUUCUUGUCCUUGCUCUUGGCUGGAAGAGCUGCAGUUGUACCACCAGUUGCUCUUCAAGCCGGAUGCUUACAAACAUCUGAAUAAGCGCGCAGGCAAUGGGGACUCGCGUGGAAUCCGAGAAGCGAGUUAGGAAGGAGAGAGAAAGAGAGUCACCAAGAUCGACGAAGCUUGCAGGCAGCGGUGACACGUGUCACGUGUGAACAGCCUAGAAGCGCGUAGGGAAGACUGCAGACCUGCUUGUCUCUCUGGGCUGAGCAUCGCCGACUCCGCGCUCCUCUCCAGCUCGGGCAGCCUCCUCUCCGUGGGGUUGGACUUGGCGCCUGGAGGAGCCCCUCUCCCACUGGAUGGGACAAGGCAGCUUCCCCAAGCGCAGCCAACUUCUGAGCCUCGAGCGCAGCCCACUUGGCCCCACGCGAGACCCGAAGAGGCGGGGCUGAGCCCUCGGGCACAGCAGGAGGCGCAAGGGCGUGUUGCCACCCUUCCCUGCCUUUGGGCUCGACCCUCCCAAGGGUGAGUUGGGGGGGGGGAGGCUGCUGCUCUCGCCCUCUUCCCCGCCACUUCCUCUCUCGGGCGCCCCUUCCCAGCCACUUCCAAGAAUGGAGGCAGAGACCUGGUCCAGGGAGCCCACGGUGCCUUGGCCGGGCGAUGCGGGCAGUGCCAGCCCUAGCCCCGACGCCCUGCGGGUCCUGAACGGCAGCGGAGAGGAGGAGGAGGAGACGUCGCCCCCGUUCCUGACCGACGCCUGGCUGGUGCCCGUCUUCUACGCCCUCAUCAUGCUGCUGGGGCUGGUGGGCAACGCGCUGGUCAUCUAUGUCAUCAGCAGGCACCGACAAAUGCGGACGGCCACCAACUUCUACAUCGCAAACCUGGCUACUACUGACAUCAUAUUCUUAGUAUGCUGUGUGCCCUUUACUGCCACUCUCUACCCUCUGCCUAGCUGGGUGUUCGGGGACUUCAUGUGCAAAUUUGUCAACUAUUUGCAACAGGUGACAGUACAAGCUACAUGCAUCACCCUUAUGGCUAUGAGUGUGGACCGCUGCUAUGCCACGCUGUACCCACUGCAAUCAUUGCGUUAUCGAACUCCGCAGGUUGCCAUGGCUGUCAGUAUUGCUAUUUGGAUUGGUUCCUUCAUUCUUUCAUUACCUAUGGCUGUGUAUCAUCGCACUGAAGUUGGCUACUGGUAUGGUUUGCGGACCUACUGCAUUGAGGCCUUCACUAGCAAGAGCCAAGAGCGCUGUUUCAUUCUAUAUACUUUCCUGGCUGUUUACCUGUUGCCCUUGCUGACGAUCUGCCUCUGCUACUCCAUCAUACUCAAGCGCAUUGGGAGACCUGUGGUGGAACCCGUGGACCACGAUUACCAGCAGGUGCAACAUCUGUCUGAGCGCUCAGCUGCCAUGAGAGCCAGGAUUUCCAAGAUGGUAGUGGUGAUUGUGUUGCUGUUCACGAUUUGCUGGGGUCCUAUCCAGUUCUACUUGCUCUUCCAGGGCUUCUAUCUUCAUUUCAAGGCCAACUAUGAGGCCUAUAAGAUCAAGACAUGGGCCAAUUGCAUGUCGUAUGCCAACUCUUCCCUCAACCCCAUUGUCUACGCUUUCAUGGGAGAUAGUUUCCGCAAAUCUUUCAAGAAAGCUUUCCCUUUCCUGUUUCGUCAGCGUAUUCAGGACAAUGGUGGGCAUUCAGGCUUCCACAAUGCAGAAAUGAAAUUCGUCACUGAACAGACCUAACACAUUGUAUGAUGAAGAAUUCUUGUUGGUUUGAACUGCCUAAGGAUGCUAAGAGUCAUGUGAUAAAUCAAAAUGGCAGCAGAAUUCCUAAUGGGCUGCAAAGAAUUAAUGGGGGGUUAUAUCUAUACAACCUGCGAGCAGAAAAUGAAGGACUCCAUUGCAGAUAUAUUCAGAGAUAGUGUCUACAGACUCCAUGACUGAUGUUUUUUAAAAUUUAAUUUUCACAUUAUUUAUUUAUUUAUUUAUUUAAUUAUUUAUUUAUUACAACAUUUGUAUUCCGCCCUUCUCACCCAAAAGGGGACUCGGGGUGGCUUACAAUGAAACACAUGUAUAUAAAAAUAUAAAAUACAAUACAAAUCAAUUAAAAUAGUUAACUAAUUAAUUACAGCAACAUUCAUAAAAUACAAUACUAAAUAGCAGAUAGGCACAAUCAGAUCUAAAAAUACGAGUCUAUCAAAUUGAAUUUCAGCACACAUUAUAAUACUUAAUGCUGCUAGUGUUGUUCAAAGGUCUGGUCCUACAACCAGGUCUUAACUUUCCUACGAAAGGAAAAGAGGGAGGGAGCCUGCCUGACUUCGCUUGGGAGGGCGUUUUAUAGGUGAGGAGCCACCACUGAAAAAGCCCUGUCUCUCGUCCCUGCCAGCUGCACCUGUGAGGCUGGCAGGAGCGAGAGCAGGGCCUCACCUGAAGAUCUUAAACUUCGAGGUGGGUCACAGCGAGAGACACAUUCGGACAGAUAAGCUGGGCUGGAACCGUUUAGAGCUUUAUAGGUUAAAGCCAGCACUUUGAAUUGUGCUCGGUAGCUGAUUGGCAGCCAGUGGAGUUGGCGUAACAGAGGAGUAGUGCGCUCCCUGAACGCUGCUCCGGUUAUUAACCUGGCUGCCUCCCGUUGGACUAACUGAAGCUUCUGAACAGUCUUUAAAGGCAGCCCCACGUAGAGUGCAUUGCAGUAGUCUAGACGGGAUUUAACAAGAGCGUGGACCACCGUGCCCAAGUCUGGCUUCCUAAGGUACGGUCGUAGCUGACGCAUGAGUUUUAACUGUGCGAAGGCUCCCCUAGCCACCGCCGAGACCUGGGGCUCCAGGCUCAACGAUGAAUCUAGGAUCACCCCCAGACUGUGACCUGAGCCUUCAGGGGGAGUGCGACCCCGUCCAACACAGGCUGUAACCCUAUGUCCUGUUCGGCCUUCCGACUGACCAGGAGAACCUCUGUCUUGUCUGGAUUCAAUUUCAAUUUGUUGGCCCUCAUCCAGUCCGACACAGUGGCCAAGCACCGGUUUAGGACCUGAACAGCCUCCUUAGUGACAGGUGGGAAGGAGUGACAGAGCUGGACAUCAUCUGCGUACAGAUGACACCGGACCCCGAAACUCCUGAUGAUCUCUCCCAGUGGCUUCAUGUAGAUGUUAAACAACAAGGGGGACAGUACAGAACCCUGCGCAACCCCACAAGUCAACGGUUGUGGGGCCGAGCAGGCGUCCCCCAAUGACACCAUCUGGGACCAACCCUCCAGGAAUGAGUGGAGCCACUGCAGAACAGUACCUCCAAGACCCAUCCCCGCGAGGCGUCCCAGAAGGGUACCAUGAUUGACGGUAUCGAAGGCCGCUGAGAGGUCCAGCAGAACCAACAGGGACACACUCCCCCUAUCCAGUUCCCGGCGAAGAUCAUUGACUAAGGCGACCAAGGCUGUCUCGGUACCAUGCCCUGGCCUAAAGCCAGACAGUGCCAGAUCCAGAACAUUGCUAUCUACCAAGAAUGCCUGGAGUUGUGCAGCCACCACAUGUUCCACGACCUUGCCCAAAAAAGGGAGAUUGGAAAUAGGCUGAAAGUUUCCAAAUUGAAUGGGAUCCAGUGAUGGCUUCUUCAACAGCGGCUUGAUCACAGCCAUUUUUAGGCUCACUGGAAACUUGCCCUCCCGAAGGGAGGCAUUCACCACCACCUUCACCCACUUGGCCAAACCCCCUCUGGCUUCUCUCACCAGCCAGGAUGGGCAGGGGUCCAGGACGCAUGUGGUCGGUCUCGCCUCUCCAAAGAUUUUGUCCACAUCCUCGAGCUCAACCAAUUGAAAUGAAUCUAUCAAAACUGGACAAGCAGGUGCUCUCGUUACAUCCUCAGAGACUGCCGUUAAUAUGGUGUCAAAGUCGGAGAGGAUCAGAGCGACUUUGUCCGCAAAGAACCGAGCAAAUGCUUCACAGCAGGCUGCUGAAUUAUCAGGGCUCCCACCUUGAUUGGUGGGAGUUAACAUGGAACAGCGCCACAGGACGGUACUUUGUGGACGCAAUGUUGGCCGCAAGGAAAACUCUCCUUGCGGCUUUGAUUGCCGCGGCAUAUAUCCUAAGAUAGGAAUAUAGUCCUCAGGAGUCUGAGACUUAAGAGUGGGAAAAGCUUGCCUCUACUUUUAUGCUUGGGAUCAACAAAGAUUGCAACUCUAGUACCCUGAGGGGGAAAUGAAGCUUUGAGGAUAUUUAUUGAAUACCUGUAUCAUAGCUGGGAAUUGUGGUCCACCAGAGAUUAUUGGGCUGCUGCUCCCAACAUUUUCCACCAUUGGUUGUGCUGGUAGUUGCAGUUCAACAAACUCUGGAAUAUUGCAUAUUCCUGACUGUAUCCUGGAUUUAUGUAUGUAUUUUUCAAUUGGGAACCAAACAUAGCUGACUCUAACAAAACUCUCUGUUAAACUAUGAAUUCUCUUUUUCCCUACAUUAGAUUGUGUGCGCAUGUUAUGUGUAUUAGCUAAACCAAUACCCACAAUUGGAGAGGAAUGAGAGAUUUGUACUUCCUUAUGUUAGGAUUUUUUCUUAAGAAUUCCUAGUACCAGACUUCCUUGACUAUGAUGAUGGGAGUGAAAGCCUACUUUAAAAAAGAUCUACCUCCAUUUAUCUAAGUAAAUCCAUUUUUAAAACUCACAACUGCAACUAGUUUUCAAUGAAGUGUACAUAACCCUAUGCAUUUUUGCAUGGUUACAAAGCACCAGUUGCCACUAGUUUUCUGUUGACAGAGGGGUGCAAGUUAUGCUAACUGUGCUGUAAAGCAUACUGUUUUCUCAUUUUCUGCUCACAUGAUGCAUAGACUCAUCCAAACAUGACACCAUUUUAUGAUUUCAUGUCAUCACCAGCAACUUUGCUUUUGCACAAUAAAAACAACCAAUU